UCCAACUCCACUGAAUGAUUUUGGUCUAUUUGAGACCAAUUAAGAUAUAGAUCCCAUAAUAGUACCCGAAUAGUGGCUUCAAAGAAAAUGGUGUUCUAUUCUUGAGUCUUGAUAUUUAUUUUUUACAGUAUAAUGAGAAUUCAGAGGAAAACCGUUGAUAUGUUUACCACUAAAAUCCACUAAUAUUGCAAAGUUGCAGGUGUCUGGCUAUGGACUGCCUCUUCCUCCUAUUUACGCAUCUAGCUGAGCGCCCACUGAUUUUGAUCACAAGAUGCAUUUUUAUAUACACAAUUUACCUUCUACCCGAGGCUGAUACUUUGCGCUAACAAUGAGGGCUUCUUAUCACUCACUGCUUGUGAUACUUGUCAAUUUUUGGGGUAAGUAUUACAUCAUUUACUAUUCAAAUUAACAUGAAAAAAAAUCUGAAUAAAAGCUGAACUGUCACUUCUGAGAUAUUUGCAAAACAAUAACUAACUAGCUCAUUUAAGUCCUAGUAUUUUUGGAUAAGGUUUUCAAAUGAUUUAAUACUUUUAAAUACACUUUUAAAAAUUUAAUUAAUUUUACUUAAUAAAGUAUAAAAAUAUAUUGUGUGUUUAUAUAUAUGUCGUAUGGCUUUUCCGUGCAUGUGCUAGAGCGCACAUUAGCACACCUGGUGCAUCAUGGGGUGCCAACAUAGACACAGAGGUGCAGUGGAAAUUGGUCAGUAUCUGAACAGCCGCACCUGUACGCUUAGAUCCCAAAAAUAGUUUUCAGCUAUACUCACAGUAAAGAAAUCCAGGACCCUAAAGCCUUUAUACCAUCAUGGAUUGGAUGUUACCAUCAUUAAUAACAAUUAAACAUUUGUUAAAUUUUUCUGUUCUCAUGUUCAAAUUGGAUGAUGUUUGUCCAUGUUAUUUAGUUAGGGAUCAUAUGCUAGUGAUUAUAUUUCUGUAUGUAUACAAUUGUGUUUUAAACUGCAAUUUAAAUUUUAUAUUAUUUAAUUAAAAAAUUAUUGAACAUGAUACAUGAUGGUUUGUUCUCUACCCAGAGCAAAAUAAAAAAAAUAUGAAGUAUUAAAAAUGCUGCACUACUAUAUAUGUUUAACAAUGUAACUCAGCUACAAAUAUAUAUCACAUCUUAAUGCAUGCAAUUCUACCUGGAACUAAUUGUAUGCCAAUAGGUUAAACCAUUGAUCCAUUUUUUUGUGGUGGUUAGAAACACCAUACACUUAUGUGCACACUAACUGCUUUAUUAGACGUAAUAAUAAUUGAACUUUAAUUGUAUUACUCCCCAGUGAAUAUUCUGGGACUUAUUUGGGUCACCAGGACUAAAUACUGAAAUUUAGCAUGGCGGAUACGAAUGGCAAAUCUGAGGCUAAAGAAGACAGGCUGUGACUAUGUAGAUGAAGUGGAGAAUUAUUCCAGAUUAGCUAUUGAUGCCUUAAGAUUUCAAUCAGAUUAAAUUCACAAUGAAUUAGAGUUUAGUGAAUAACCAUGUAAGGAUGAAGGACUGAAUGUCCACUUUGGAAGUUAGUUGCCCCAGUCUUUAAUUCCUACAUAUUGAGGGCAUUGCUAACAGCAUAAUUUUUUCUGUUUAUUUUUAGGUGAGAAUUCUGCACUCCAGCUGAUGCAAGGUGAUAGCAUCUCAAUAGUCCAAAAAGGACACGGAGUAACUUUGAAUUGUAGCAUGGAAGGGGGGCAAAUGGGCAGCUACUAUAUGUUCUGGUACAAAAAGGACAGCAAAGGACAAAUUAUUUUUGUUUACAGAGAAGGAGAUGUGUAUGGACCAGGCUUUCACGAUAUUGUUGUCGGGAAUGUUAAAGCUUCCAUCAAUUUGUUCACCCUACAUAUCAAAAGCUCUGCUCUGACAGAUCAUGGUAUUUAUUACUGUGCUUCAUGCUCGGCACAGUGCAAAAUACUUGCAUUGUUUAAUACAAUAAACUCUCUCUGCACUACAUAAUUGCUUUCAAUAUCAAAUACUCUCCUGCUCCCAGCACCUCUUUAACCCCCUUUUAUUGAGGUUUCAUAAAAAAUAGAUUUUCCACCCAGGCCACAUGAAUUAGAGAAGCUCCCCAUUUAAAUAUAAAACUAAUCCCAAAAACAAAUGAUGUCUACCAGGAAGGCAGGUUAUUUUUUUAAAUCAAUGUACAAUGUAUAUAUCAAUACAUUUUACAGAUAUAGUUUUCAUAAAGGCUAGGAAAAUCCCAUCCAGUUCCUAAAAUAUUUGAAAAAUGAAAGAUGGGGAGUGGCACUUUUUAAUCUUAUGCAUGCAUAACAUGCACGGUUGAAAUUACUGUAUGUAUAACUGUCCUUUUAUACAGGAAUGAGGAAUCAUGGGAAGAAGUGGCAGGAGUAUUAUGCAUUCGCUAUUUGCCACCUAGGCCAGAG